UAUUAGUUGAAGGGAAAAGCAAAAUGGUUAAUAUGGAAGUGCCUCCAAAUGCGACACCAGAACCAGUGGAGAACUUAUUUACAACAAUUUUAAGUUUGCUAUCAGCAUAUGGAUGGACGAUAUUAUUUGUAAUUGUCGUUUUGAACUUGCUUUGGAGCCACUUUCAUCCUAAAUAUAAAAAGUGGAGAGAUCAGAAAGAAGACAGAGAAAAAGAACAAGUUCUUCAACAAAAUCCUGAAUUGAUACUGGAAAGACAAGAGGCACUUGCCCGUGCAAGACAAAAGCUUCAGGAAGAACAUGACAGGUUGAACAAAGAAUAUGAGGAGAAAAUACGCCAGAAAGAAGAAAUGAAACGGCAAGAGAAAAUAGCAAAUUUUGAAAGAAUCAUGGGCAAGCAAAAUACAACAGGAGGAAAUGAUAAGUCUCUUAACUUACGUCGGAAUGACUAUGCUCCUCUGAUGGGUUCUGGCCCCACGUGUAGUUAUCGACCAUCCAGAAGGGGAACUUCUGGAGGAGGAUGAGGUUAAAUAUGUGCAGCUUGCCAAUUCAAAGAAUAAAACUGAUGGACAUCUUUGAAGAGGUACUGCUGCACUAUAAAGUAACUUAGAGCCACUGGAGCAUUCCUUCUAAAUAUUUCAAUCCAUUUAUAUUUUUUGAGAAGAAAUGUAUUAUGAGACUACUUGUCAAAAUGGUGUGCACCACGACAUGUAGUUGAUGAUUCAGGGGCUUAAAGUUACCAAACUGUGAUAUGUGUAAAUGCAAAUUGCGGUAUAAAUAUACCAUAUGCCGACUAACUUGUAAUUGCUUGUGUUCUAUUAGUACCAACAAAAGACAGCAAAGUUCAGAAGAAAAAAAAAGAAUUUACAGGAUGAAAUAGAAAGUAUGGGCAUUUUUUCAUAAGUAAUAAAAUUGUUAUUUUUUCUUUGAAAGUACUUAUAUGUACAUGAAUUCACAUUGAAAGAGUAUUUGAUAAAAACUGGAAAAAUAUAGUGUGCAUUUAUCUUGGCUUGACGGCGAGUUCUAGACAUUACAAAAAUGUCUAGCCUUUCUGUCUCUUAUAUUUUACAUCAAAGGUACAAAGUAUGAAUUUUAUUUCCUUUGUAAACAUACAACUGUAAUUUCAUUGGAACAAAACAUAAGCCGAUCAAAUGUAUCGCAAGUUUUGGAGUUUAUUUCAGUUUUCGUCACUUUAAAUUUCUAAUUUAUAGUAAAAAAUUAAUAAAGCUCACUAACAAUUGCUUCAUUAUUUACUCCACUUGUCUGUGUUGCCAUUAAUGUAUGUAGUGUUAAUAAUGGAUCAUUUAUACAAUGCAAGUUAUUGGCUCAUACAGAUUAUUUUUUAUUGGUGUAAGCUUCUGUUGUACUGUAAAAAUUUUCUUGCUAUUUAUUUUUUUAUAUGCAUGCACACAAUAAACGGUUUUUAACAGUUAGUACAAUUGUGUUAUAAUAAACAUGUUACUGUA